AUGGCUGUGAACAUCCCAGGAGUGAUAGUGAUGCUGAUUUUCUACCUGCUGGUCCUCGGGACCGGGAUCUGGGCUUCUUUUAAGUCCAAGAGAGAACAGAAGAAAAGUGGAGCAGGAGAAAUGGAGAUGUCUCUGCUGGGGAACAGGAGGAUCAACUGGAUGGUCGGGAUCUUCACCAUGACAGGUGAUGAUGCCCCUCCCACUGUUACACGUGUAGAAAUUAAGUUCCUAAAUCGAUCUGUGUGGAAGCCACUGGAACAGAGCACCAUGGCUGUGAACAUCCCAGGAGUGAUAGUGAUGCUGAUUUUUUACCUGCUGGUCCUCGGGACCGGGAUCUGGGCUUCUUUUAAGUCCAAGAGAGAACAGAAGAAAACUGGAGCAGGAGAAAUGGAGAUGGCUCUGCUGGGGAACAGGAGGAUCAACUGGAUGGUGGGGAUCUUCACCAUGACAGCUACCUGGGUCGGAGGUGGAAUGAUUGUUGGCACAACUGAGAUGAUGUACACGCCCUCGAGAGGACUGAUCGAGGCAGCCAUCAUGCUUGUUGGAUACAGUACAUGUUUUAUUUUAUGUGGUCUGGUGUUUGCUAAACCGCUCAGAGAAAAAAACUGUGUCACCAUACUGGACCCUUUUAAUGAGAAGUAUGGAAAAGUUCUAACAGUUGGAGUGUCCAUCUUCACACUUCUUCUCGACUUCAUGAACCUGCCGCUUAUUCUUAUUGCUUUAGGAGGAACCAUGAGUGUUGUCCUUGAUGUGUCCUACACUGUGUGUGUCUGGAUCUCUGCUGCCAUUGCUAUCACCUACACACUGCUGGGAGGUCUCUACUCUGUGGCCUACACUGAUGUUGUACAGCUGAUCCUUAUGUUCACCAGUUUGUGGCUGUGUGUCCCAUUUGUUUUGAUGAACAGUAGCUGCUUGGACAUUGGCCACACACUGAUGAACAACACAUUACACGCCCCUUGGAUCGGCACAGCUGAACUUAAGAACACUUGGAUCAUGGUUGAUGAGUUCUUGUUUUUUGCCCUGGGGAGUCUGGGAUAUCAGUGUCUCCACCAGAGAACACUGGCUGUUUCUUCUUUAGCUACUGCCAAGGUCAUAAGUGUGAUUGCUGCUUUUCUCUUCAUUGUGAUCGUCACCGCUCCAGUACUGCUGGGAGCUGCUGCUGCAUCGACAGAUUGGAACACGACCUCCUAUGGUUCUCCGUCUCCAUAUGAACGUGGUGAGGCUGCUCUGAUCCUGCCAAUUCUCUUGCAGUUCCUCACCCCGUCCUUCAUCUCCAUCAUCGGUACUGGAUGUGUGGCUGCUGCUGUGAUGUCAUCAGCUGAUUCUCACUUGAUUUCUGCAGCUUCUAUCUUCACAUCCAACAUUUACAAGAACAUCCUGAGGCCAAAGGUUAAAAGUUGGUCAUCACAAAGGAAGGUUGCAAAGAAGGUUUUUCAGACUCUUUUUCUUUACCUCUGUUUUUAUCCUUUCUACCUUAGGCAGGAGACAGAGAGAUCCAGUGGGUGAUCCGUGCUUCCGUCUUUGUUGUGGGUUUGGUUGGUACAUCAUUGACCAGUCAGACCAACAGCACCUUAUUCUUUUGGUUUAUUGCUGCUGAAGUGGCCUACAUUCUGAUCUUCCCUCAGUUGGUCUGUGUCCUUUUCUUCAACAUCUCCAAUGGUUAUGGAGCUGUCGUAGGAUUUGUGG